AUGUCGCUUAUAAACACCAGCGCGUCACCCCUGGAUGGGAGCGGAUUCGGGCUUCACCGCGCCUUCAGCACCAGCUCUGACAAUGUUGCGCUAGUCACGCCGGGCAACUCGUCGCCAAUACACCAAUCCGGCCUGCCCAGCGUUGGCGCUGGAAGCUUCCAAAAUGGCGGUGGCAACUCCAACAACAAUUCUCCGCUGAACCUCACUACCAUGCUCAACAAUCUGACCAUGGCGGGUCCCGCAUCCCAGGGUAACACCAGUAGUAGUGGUCAAGGCCCUUACCUGCUAAAGCUCAAGAACGUUCCUCACGAUCUCACUUUGCGGGAAUGCUACGCAUUGUUUGCAUUGGCGCGCGGAGUUCUCAACGUCGAGCUCUUGAGUGAAACCACGGAUAACACCGUGCAGGGGCAAGGAAAAGCUGCGGUUCAAAGUGUAGUGGCAAAAUUCGACUCUUUGCACCUGGUUUCUCAAUAUGCUAGCAUUUUUGACGCGAAGUCCCAGAUAUUUGGGCCCAGCUUUCCCUAUAAGUGCUACGUCGAGGUCCUCGACGAGCUCACACAGCAGCAAGUUUCAUUCCACCAGGCAUCGCAUUCUCCCCAAUUAUUGAGCCACUCGCCAGACACUCAGUCGCAGGUUAACCAGCACACGCAGCAACAGCAGCAGCCGCAGCCGCAUUCACACCAGCAACAACAGCAACAGCAACAGCAAUCACAGCAACAGCAACAACAGCAUCCCUCUCAGGCGCAAUCUCAACAGCAACAGCAACAGCAGCAAUCUCAAAAUGCAUUUCAAUUGCCUGGCUCUUCAUCCAAUAUGAUCUCCCCACCUCAAUCUGCAUCCUCCGUCAAGAGACCGGGCCUCUUGGUUCAACGCUCAAGAUUUUCAUUUUCGGAUCCCUUUAGCAACGACUCCCCUCACCAGCAUCACUCUCAACAACAGCAACAAGAUGCUACUACGCCAUUGAAAUCCCACGAUGCGGGCAAAUCUUUCUUGUUGAUGGAAAACGAUGAAAUCAAUGAAAGCAUAUGGGGUUCGAAUGGCGGGAUUCCUUCAAGCAUGAGCGGAUUAGCCGUAAACUCUCAACCGCAAACUCCAUCUCUUGAGUGGGGCUCUUCUGGGAGGAGACAAAGUUCGUCCUUUUUUUCAUCUGUAGGUCCAACUGCAGUGCCUUCCAACGAUGUUUCCUCCAUGCAUUUAACAAAUCAGAUAUCUCAUCAAAUGCCCACUGGCUUGCAACAGCACACAUCUUUACCAUAUAGCCUCGUUGGCCAUGUGCAACCAAACUCUGCCCCUGGUGCUGACAUAGGACUUUCUCAAGCACAGCAGCCGCAAUCUGCUCAAACUCAACAGCAAAUUCAAUCCAUCACUGGUCAAUCAUCGCAACAAUCUCAGGCUUCUAACGGCCCACAUAAGUCAAGUGGUCACCGUUCUUCGACGUCAAAGGGCUCGCAGUCUAAUCUUGCCACAUCUCAAAAGAACUCAUCAUCUGCAUCAAUUUCAUCUGGGACUGGCAUUUCGCAGGUUGACUUGUCUCUACUGGCGCGUGUUCCACCUCCAGCAAAUCCUGCCGAUCAAAACCCACCUUGUAACACUCUUUACGUUGGAAAUCUUCCUCCAGACGCUACCGAGCAUGAGCUCAGGCAAUUGUUUUCGGGACAAAAAGGUUUUAGAAGGCUUUCGUUCAGGAACAAAAAUACUAAUGGUAAUGGUCACGGGCCCAUGUGCUUUGUAGAAUUUGAAGACGUUGCACAUGCAACCAGAGCCUUGGCAGAAUUAUAUGGUAGACAAUUACCUCGCUCGAGUGGUGCCCAUAAUAACAAAGGCGGUAUCAGGUUGAGCUUUUCUAAAAAUCCACUUGGGGUCAGAGGACCUAAUAGCAGAAGAGGUGGUAACAGUAGUGGUGCUAGCAGUGGUAAUUACAGCUAUGCCGCUGCUUUUGGUAAAUCAUCCUAA